AUGAUAUCUGAGAGAGACUGGCGCGUGGUGGGCACGUACCGUUGGCGGUCCGUCUCUCAGCUGCAUGCAAAUUCAGAGGAAGCAUGCCUGUACGAUGAUGCAAGGCCGCUGGAGAGUAUUCCCGUCAUUUUCUACGACACCAGACAGGAGGACGGGGAAAUCCUGGCCCCACGCUACGUCGCCAGAAAAGUUUCCGUGCCACAAGGCUCAUCCCAAAAAGUAAAGGUUGUUUCCGGGUGUGCUCGGCCGCAGGACACGACGCCGGUGGUGCCCCUAGACCCAUGCCUCAACUGUGGAGCGGCUGCCACAGCCUCUGGCUCUCGUCGUCGCCCGGAAAAGUCCCCACUGGUGGUGGGGACAACUCUUCCGCUGCCGCUGCAUACCAUCUUUUUCUUGCCGAUCACUCUGCUAUUGGCGGAUAUUGCGGUGACGGCCGCCGGCAUGACGAGGACAACUACAGGCGCCCCAGUGACUGUUGUUUGCUGCCUUGUAGCACUUGGCCCUGAUGUCAUUGCUAUUGCCCUCAUACUGAAACGCAACAGCAGUUUCACAUUUUUAGCCGUUCAUGUGGUGCUGUGGCCUUGUUUUGUGUUUCUCUUUCUCUUACCGUUUCUCUCGAUGCUCUUCAUUAUACAUGUCAUCAUCUCUGUUAUUUUGCUACUUUUCAUUGUGCGCUUCCGCCUGAGCACGUACACCACAUUUUUCACUUUUCAGUGA